AGGCCCGCGCGCCUGACCCGGAAGCGCAUGCUGGUCCCGCCCUCUCGGCGCCCGGCUUCCUUCUGCAACAGGCGUGGGUCACGGGCUCGCUCGCUCUCUUUCUGCCGCCAUCUUGGUUCCGUGAUCUCCGCACAAAAUGCCCGGUGAAGCCACCGAAACCGUCCCUGCUACAGAGCAGGAGUUGCCACAGCCUCAGGCUGAGACAGCUGUGCUUCCUAUGUCUUCAGCCUUGAAAGUUGCUGCUGUAGGGCAGCCUGGACCUCCCCCUCCUUCUUCCCUGGGCCCCCAGCAAAACCCUAUAGUAACUGCUCAUCAGCCUUCUCCACUCCCUUCUAGUGUUCCCUCGACCCCCUUUGAAGUUCCUUUUGCCCAGCCCACACCAGCUGAAACUGCUCUGCCCUCAGGAACUGCCCCUCCCACCCCAACUUUCCUGCCACACCUGAUAGGGCCUCCCAUUUCCCCAGCUGCCCUAGCCUUGGCCUCUCCCAUGAUAGGUCUAGCUCAGAAAGGUGCCCGUUCCUCCUCGGCUCCCUUGUCUCUGGUCGCAUUAGCUCCUCAUUCAGUUCAGAAGAGCUCUGUGUGUCCCCCUCACCCUCUCACCUCACCUCCAUCAGCUGCUGGAGCAGAGUUGGGGGCAUUGACAGCUUCCAUCCCUCCCUUAGAACCGAAGGCUUCUUCCAGUCAAGUUCCCUCUCAGGGAACCCUGAAUCUAAAAGGCCCUACCCCACGUCCUCCAGAUGUAGUCAGUGCUUUCCCUUCCCACCUUGAAAACCCCCUGGCCUCUGUGCAGCCUGGUUUAAUGGCCUGUCCUCAAACACUAUCCAUCACUCCCCCAGUGAAGGGUGUCCCCAUUUCCUCAGCUCUGACACAAAGUCGGCUAAGCCUUAACCUAAAGGGACCUGUUAGUCCACCUGCUCAAAACACUGCAGCUCCCAGCAUCCCCCCAGCACCCUCUACUUCUCUGGGCUGUCAUCUUCCACUUCUGCAUCACAUUUCUUUGGAUUCUCCCAUCCAAUCUCCAGGUCAGUCAGGUCUUGCAGUGAAUAAUCCCACUUCUGUAGGUCACUCUGAUAUUGCAGCCUCUUGCCCACCUGAGAGAUGUGUAGCUCCUACCCUUCCCUCCAGGCUGCUGGCUGCUGAUUCUGGGGCAGCUCCAUCUGCCGACAAAGGCUCCUCUGCUGUUACUAAUGAACUCUGCAGUCCUCCUGGCUCUUCAAAUGUAGCUGGUACUUCCUUGUCUCCUACAGCCUCUCUCGUUCCCAAGGGUUCUAAUGUUGCUCUACAGCCUUUGGUGACUCAAGUUCCCGCUUCUCAAAAAACUGGAUUAAAAGAAAUUCCUGUCUCCUGUAUUGGAGCCACCCACCAUGCCCUGGAUAACCCUUCUGCCAUUUCUGUUGCACCUGCCACUCAUGUGCCUCCUCCAGCUUCAUCAGGUCUUGUAAGUAGUAAAGACCCAGCUUCCCCCUUCACUUCACUUGUGGUACCUGCUGCUCACAAGCAGUUUCCUGCUCCUCCAGUAUCAACUACUCUAGGGGUGCCAGUGUCUCCUCUGCCAGCCACUGAAGGCCUUAAAAAUCUUCCUAUUUCAGUAUUAGUAAAUGUAGGAGCCCCUGUUUCUCCAGCCCAGGCAGGGCUCCCCACCAGAAAAGACACCACUCUGCAGCCCUUGGCCCCCAUAGCACUUAAAGACCCUCCCUCUUCUCAGAGUGCAUCAUCUCUGCAGGUACUUUCAGAAGACACUGUAACAAAGACAACUACAGGAGGACCUGCCCCUGUGGUGCAGCCAGCCAUUGCUGGGGUUGCUACUACUACUACUUCCCUGCGUGCUGACUCUCCACCUGCUGUCAUCAGAGCAGAUUCUUGUGUCAGCCCAAACACUGUCAGUCAGCCUCUCGAAAGUUCUGUUACUGCCCCAGCAAUGGCUCCUAGAACUGCCAAAAAUACUGUUCCUUCUACCACUUCACCUCUGGUUCCUUUAGCCUCUGAAGGCUGUCCUGUGGCUUCAUCUAUGUCCCCUGAAAUUCCCAAGUCUGUGCCCUUUCCUGAUCCUCCCUUAGCUGAGAUUUCUUUUUCCAGUGCAAGGAAAGUUGAUGCUGUCUCUCAUAUGGAGUCUUCAGGCUCCUCCCGUGAGGGGCACCCAGAUGCUUCUGUGACUUCCAAAGGGACUGUGGUUUGUCUAGCUGACUCCUCACCUUUAGACACUGGUGUGUCUGCAUCCAAGAAGGGCUCUGCUCUCUCGUCUCCUCUCUGCCCACCUGAGGCUUCUUUCCUUCCAGAGGCAGGUCUGGCUGUUCAAGGCCCUAAAGGCUCACUUAAUAAGCUUUCUCCCAUUCCUCCAUCCUCCAAAGGGGCCCCUGUUCCUUCAACUGGGGCUCCUCCCUCCCCUAAAGGGGCCCCUAUUGUUCCAACAGAAGCUUCUAUAUCCUCCAAAAUGGUCCCAGCAGAAAUUCUUCCUUCCCCCCAAAAGACUCCAGAAGUUACAGCUUCCAAACUGAUCUCGGCAGUCCAGUCUCCUAAAGUAGACCCUAUUAUGUCAGACGUGACUCCUAUCUCUCCCAAAAAGACUUCGGCAACUGCAGUCCCCAAAGAUACUUCAGCAACCCUGUCUCUCAAAAGUGUCCCGGCUGUGACUUCCCUGUCUCCCCCAAAGGCUCCUGUAGCCCCAUCUCCUAAUGAAGCCACCAUUGCUCCUACUGAGAUUCCUACCUCCCUCAAAAAUGCCCUAGCAGCUGCAACUCCCAAAGUGACUUCUUCCCCACAAAAGACUCCAAAAUCCGUAUCCCCUAAGAGUGCCCCGGCUAUGACCUCCAAAAAGGCGACAGAAAUUACAGCCUCCAAAGACAUCUCACCAUCCCAGUUUCCCAAAGAGGUUCCUCUUCUACCACAUGUGGCUCCUACUUCCCCACCAAAGUCCCCAGCGAGUGAUACGCUCAGUGGGGCUCUAACAAGCCCACCCCCCAAAGGUGACCCUGCCACCCUAGCUGAGACUCCUACCUGUCCUAAAAAGUCCCCCAAAACUGCAGCACCCAAAAAAACUCCAGCGACUCCAUCUCCUGAAGGGGUCACAGCUGUACCACUGGAGAUUCCUCCUUGCUCCAAAAAGGCCCCCAAAACUGUAGCCCCCAAAGAAACUCCAGCGACUCCAUCUCCUGAAGGGGUCACAGCUGUUCCGCUGGAGAUUCCUCCUUGCUCCAAAAAGGCCCCCAAAGAAAGUUCAGCAACCUCAUCUUCUAAAAGGGCCCCUAAAACUGCAGUUUCCAAAGAAAUUCCUUCUAAAGGGGUCACAGCUGUGCCAUUGGAGGUUUCUCUGCCUCUAAAAGAGACCUCCAAAAGUGCAACUCCUGGUGAAAAUUCAGCCUCAUCCCCAAAAAGGUCCCCCAAAACUGCAGGCCCCAAAGAAACUCCACCUGAAGGGGUCAGAGCUGUGCCCCUGGAGAUUUCUCUGCCUCCAAAAGAGACACCCCAAAAUGCAACCCCUAAUGAAAGCUUAGCAGCCUCAUCCCAGAAAAGGUCUCCCAAAACUUCAGGCCCCAAAGAAACUCCACCUGAAGGGGUCACAGCUGUGCCACUGGAAAUUCCUCCUACCCCAAAAAAGGCCCCCAAAACUGCAGUCCCUAAACAGAUUCCUUCUCCCGAAGCUGAAAGUCCUCUCUCUCCCAAAAAGGCAUCCAAAACUGCAGCCCCCAAAGAGAAUUCAGCAACCUUAUCCCCAAAAAGAUCCCCCAAAACUGCAACCCACAAAGAAAAUAUGACUUCAUCCCCCAAAAGGUCCCCCAAAACUGCAGCCCCCAAAGAAACUCCAGCCACAUCUUCUGAGGGGGUUACAGCUGUGCCAUCUGAGAUUUCUCCUUCACCCCCAACUCCAGCCUCCAAAGGGGUUUCUGUGACCCUAGCUCCCAAAGGUGCCCCUAAUGCCCUAGCUGAGAGUCCUGCCUCCCAUAAAAAGGCUCCUAAAACUGCAGCCCCCAAAGAAACUUCAACAAUUCCAUCCCCCCAAAAAAUUCCCAAAGUGGCAGGUCCCAAAGAGACUUCAGCGACCCCACCUUCAAAAAAGACCCCCAAAACUGCAGUCCCCAAAGAAACUUCAGCACCUUCUGAGGGGGUCACAGCUGUACCAGUGGAAAUUCCUCCCUCCCCCAGAAAGGCCCCUAAAACUGCAGCUCCCAAAGAAACUCCAGCUCCAUCUCCUGAAGGGGCCACCACUGUACCAGUGCAGAUUCCUCCCUCCCCCAGGAAGGGCUCUAAGAAAGCAGGCUCCAAAGAAACACCUACAGCCCCAUCUCCUGAAGGAGUUACAGCUGCACCUCUAGAAAUUCCCAUAUCUUCCAAAAAGACUUCCAAAAUGGCAAGUCCUAAAGAAACGCUAGUAACCCCAUCUUCCAAAACACUCUCCCAAACUGUAGGUCCCAAAGAAACUUCACUUGAAGGGGUCCCAGCUGUGCCCCUGGAGAUUCCUUCUUCCCACAAAAAGGCCCCCAAAACUGUAGAUCCUAAACAGGAUCCUCUAACCCCAUCUCCUAAAGAUGCCCCUACUACUCUAGCUGAAAGUCCUUCCUCCCCCAAAAAGGCACCCAAAACUGCAGCCCCACCCUCUGAAAGGGUCACCACUGCGCCACCAGAAAAGCCUGCCACCCCACAGAAGGCCUCAGAAACUACAGCCUCCAAAGUCCCUGCCAAGACACAGGAAGUUGCUGACUCCCCAAGAGAGACUCCAGUAGCCCCAGCUGUGCCCCCAGUCAAGAGUCCUUCCUCCCAUAAGAAGACCUCAAAGACUGUAGAUCUCAAAGAAGCCCCAUCAACCCUCCCUCCCUCCCCAACAAAGAGCCCCAAAAUUCCAUCAUCCAAAAAGGCACCAAGGACUUCAGCCCCUAAAGGGUUUCCAGCAAGCCCCUCUAUUAAAGCUGUCACCACCUCACUGGCACAGACAGCUCCUCCCAGUCUGCAAAAGGCGCCAUCCACUACAAUCCCCAAGGAGAAUUUAGCUGCCCCGGCUGUUCUGCCUGUCUCCAGCAAAAGCCCAGCAGCUCCAGCUGCUGCAAAUGCUUCCACUGCCCUAGCUGCUGCUUCCCUUUCCCCAGCUCCCCCAGUCACGAUUUCUCCCUCCAAAAAGACCCCAGCUACUGCAGCUCCUCAAACAGCUCCAAAAGAGGCCACAACAAUCCCAUCUUGUAAAAAGGCUGCAGCUACGGAGACCCCCAUUGAGACUUCAACAGCUCCAUCUCUUGAAGGGGCCCCCAAGGAGACCUCAGAAACUUCAAUGUCCAAAGUUCUCAUGUCUUCCCCUCCUAAAAAGGCUCCAUCCUCCAAAAGGGCCUCUACUCUCCCAGCUACAACUCUUCCCUCUCUUAAAGAGGCCUCUGUUCUCUCACCCACUGCCACUUCUUCCGAAAAAGACUCUCAUGUUUCCCCUGUAACCGAUGCUUGUAGCACAGGAGCUACUACCCCUCAGGCAUCUGAAAAGCUCCCAGCACCGAAAGGUCCUACAGCUUUCACGGAAGUGCUUGCUGUACCUGCUCCAGAAAGUGCUUUGGUCAUCACUGCUCCCAUUCAGAAAAGCCCAGGAGCCAACAGCAAUUCUGCUUCCUCUCCUAAGUGCCCAGACCCCUCCGCUAAGAAAGACACAAAGGGCCUCCCUUCUGCAGUAGCUCUAGCCCCUCAGACAGUCCCUGUUGAGAAAGACACUUCAAAGGCUAUAGGAACUCUGCCUGUUUGCCCUGCAAAAGGCAGUGAUUGUCUUCAUUCCCCAAAGGGUCCUGUGGGGUCUCAGGUAGCUACUCCACUAGCAGCGUUUACCUCUGACAAAGUUCCUCCGGAAGCUGUGUCUGCAUCUGUGGCUCCAAAGCCUACCCCAGCAGCUUCCCUGACUCUUGCUCCCUCCCCAGUUGCCCCUCUGCCUCCUAAACAGCCACUUCUUGAGUCCGCACCUGGAUCAGUGCUGGAGUCACCCUCUAAGCUCCCAGUCCCUGCUGAGGAGGAUGAGCUGCCGCCUCUGAUUCCCCCGGAAGCGGUCUCUGGGGGAGAGCCUUUCCAGCCGAUCCUCGUCAACAUGCCCACCCCUAAACCUGCUGGGACCCCUGCCCCAGCCCCCUCUGCCAAGCAGCCUGUUCUGAAGAACAACAAGGGAUCGGGAACAGAGUCUGACAGUGAUGAGUCAGUGCCAGAGCUCGAGGAACAAGACUCCACACAGACGGCCACACAGCAAGCCCAGCUGGCAGCCGCAGCUGAGAUCGAUGAAGAACCUGUUAGUAAAGCCAAGCAGAGUCGGAGUGAGAAGAAGGCAAGGAAGGCGAUGUCCAAACUGGGUCUUCGGCAGGUUACAGGGGUUACGAGAGUCACUAUCCGAAAAUCUAAAAAUAUCCUCUUUGUCAUCACGAAGCCAGAUGUCUACAAGAGCCCAGCUUCAGACACCUACAUAGUGUUUGGGGAAGCCAAGAUUGAAGAUUUGUCUCAGCAAGCACAGUUAGCAGCUGCUGAGAAAUUCAAGGUUCAAGGUGAAGCUGUUUCAAACAUUCAGGAAAACACUCAGACUCCAACCGUCCAAGAGGAGAGUGAAGAAGAGGAGGUUGAUGAAACGGGUGUGGAAGUUAAGGACAUAGAAUUGGUCAUGUCACAAGCAAACGUAUCAAGAGCAAAGGCUGUUCGAGCCCUGAAAAACAACAGUAACGAUAUUGUAAAUGCUAUUAUGGAAUUAACAAUGUAACUAUUUGACAGCGAGGACAACUCCCCUCCCCUUUCCCCCCUUUUUGGUGUUUGAAAAGUGGAACUACAGCUUGGUUUAAAAUUUGUACUGUUUCUAUCACUAAUAAAGUUGUGGCUUCUUGUUGGAUGGACUCA